AUGCCCCCGAAGGACGCUAUUCUCGAAGUCAUCGAGGUCUACUUCCAAUCCUGUCAUAUGCAACCCCUGUGGCUAUUUGAUCGUAUUGAUCUCGCAAAUCCAGAGGAGUGUUCUGAAGAAGUCAUUCUAUCUUUGUUGGCGCUAUCAUUGCGCUACUCCACCCACGCCUACUUCGAGGGCCGAUCGGAAAAGCUGACACGGAAAUAUACGCAACUUGCCCACGAGCAUAUCAUGUUCAGAAUCGCCCGGGGCAAUGUGAAACUCUCGACCAUACAAAGUCUCUGCAUGCUCGCUCUGGCCAAUUUCCUCACCAAAGACAUGCACCUUACCUCGCUUUAUCUCGGGAUAGCAACCACAUUCGUCCAGAGCACCUCUCUCGAUAUUGAAGCCUAUAGGGGCGAGCGAUCUACAAGCGCAGAGUGCCGAAGGAGAGUUUUCUGGAGCCUGUAUUUCCUAACCCAGAUCUACGGCCAUCAAAGCCCCAUGCUCAACUUUCUGAAAGACAUCGACCAUCCCAAAUAUGUUGGGUCACGCAUGAAUCCUCAGAAGGAACUACUCGACUUAUUGCCUCCUUCGACGCCACAGGAGGCGAUGCAGAUCAACGAAAGCCCCAACGCUGGAAUCUGGGCAUACAUGGUCCAGCUGUCAACGCUCUGGCGAGAAGUGCGGACAUACAUGAUGCAAUGUGCACACUCGCACAGCGAGCCACCUUGGUCGGUCAACUCUGGCUACGCAGUGAUUGGUGCGCACUUGAUGGAUCUGGAAACAAAGCUGCCGACCUUCCACAGAUACGACUCAGCCAGAUUCGCGGACCGCUCGCGCGAGGAACUGCAGCGGAAUCGAACAUACUGGAGCCCAUGGCUCUAUCUCCAGUUCACAUACCAUUCUAUUCAUGCCAUGCUCAAUCACCCUUUUAUCAACUCAUUCAGCCCACGGCGAUCAGCUCACCUCGGAGUACCAAACACUUUUUGGAAAACCUCAUCGGAACAGGCCCUCAUCCACACCACGUGGAUCGUGCGGUUCAUCGACAUGCUGUCCGGGAAAGCCUAUCGUGUUUCUGACCCUUUCAUCGGCCACUGCGUCGCUCUUGCAGGCACAAUUCAGAUCUACUUCUGCGGAGCACCCACUAGACGAGCCAGAGACGCGGCUCAGGUCAAACUGGCGACAUGUCUGAGAUUCCUGGCUGAGAUGGCCCAACUGUGGCCGGCAUGUCAGAUCAUGCACGAAAAGCUCCAAGCCUUGAUCCAAUCAGCGGUGACAUCGGCACGCUCCAACAACGAAGACCGCGAACCGACACGGCGGACGGUGUCGAUCAACACAAGCCUGAUGUGGGAGCUCCUUGACUACACCGACGUAGGACGCAACCACCGACCCACGACACACCCUUUAUCAUCAUCAUCAACUUCAGCCUCUGGUUCUGGCUCCGUUUCAUCGCCCAAACUUUUCCACCCCUCUCUCUUCCCCAACACCGGCGCGACCACCAACCAAGGCCACACGGUGCUCGAAACGCAGAUCUUCCACGUCCCGGCCGGCGAACCCGACACCUCGGAUGGCGGACAAGCCAUGCCGCCGUACGCUGGGCAUGCCAUUGACGACGACGGUGACGACAACACAGAGGACGACGAGGACCGCUCCGAUCCCAUCCAAAACCGACACCAGGAUCAUGACGGAGCGGUCGAAGACGACACGGCCCUGACCCCAAUGGCGACAAACACAUACACACCUUCAUCCUCCGCCGCCACCGCAGCCGCACAGCGCGCACAAAUGCAGUACCCACCGCUCGUCGAGCUGGCCAACUCGCCCUGGGCCUUCUCCGGCAACUUGUCCGUGCUGGACGGCGGCGGCGGUACAUCGUCGCGUGAUCCGUUUCUUCAGUUCCAGGAUAUCGGGAGUCCUUUUUUGGGGUUGUGGGAGGUUGGGAGUUUGUGA